UCAUGGCCUUCCUCACUACCGCGCUCUACCUCCUCCUUUUUCGCCCCUCCUCGCUCCUCCGUGCGCCCCCGGACUUCUCGCGCCUCGCGGACCACUGCGCGGGCGUGCAGCCCAUCCCAUCCGCGUCGUACGUCGAGCGGCAGGACGCGCUCGCGCACACGCUGCACGCUCUCGGCGCGGCUGCGUACAUCGCUGAGCCCGGGGCCAGCGCCGGGUACUUCGCGAACCUCUCCGGCACCGAGUGGCACCUCUCCGAACGCCCGCUCCUGCUCCUCGUCACGCCGGCCGUCGACCAGGACCGCGUCGCGGCGAGCCUGAGCGUCCUCACGCCGUCAUUUGAGGCCACGCGCGCAAGGCUCCUGCGCAUUCCUAGCGACGACGACAUCGAGUACCCCGAGUGGGCGGAAGACAUGGACCCGUACGAGGUCGCGGUGUCCUCGAUCCCUAGCUUGCGCAGCGGCGGGACUAUCUUUGUAGACGGCGCCACGCGGCAGUUUAUCGUUGAAGGGCUGCAAAGGGCUGUAGGGCACGGAACAAAGGUCGUUGGCGCACCAACUGAGGUCAGACGAUUGAGAGAGAGAAAGAGCAAAGAGGAGAUCGAGAUUCUGAAAUGUGUGAAUGAGGCGACUGUGCUCGCGAUCAGGGCCGCAAGAGACGAGAUGUACAUCGGCAUACGCGAAUCGGCUACCCGCAAGCUCAUCGAAAGCGCACUUGCCGCCGCAGGCCUGAGCAAUGGUGGUGGUAUUGUGCUCUUCGGUCCAAACGCCGCCCUCCCUCACGGUGGUGGCACUGACCGCAGACUUCGCAAGACCGACUUGAUUCUAACCGACAUCGGCGCGUCGCUGCAUGGCUAUGUCAGCGAUGUUACACGCACCUUUGCCCUCGAGGACUCUGAGAUCCCGAUGGAUAACCUCGACAUCUGGGACCUCGUCUGGACAGCACAGGCGAUGGCAAUCGCAGCCGCGCACAACGGGACCGUUACCGCCGAUGUUGAUCGCGCUGCGCGGCUGACCAUCGUGGAAGGUGGGUAUGGGGAAUACUUCACGCACCGACUCGGACAUGGCAUCGGCCUCGAAGGCCACGAAUCUCCUUAUUUGCGAGGAGGAUCAGAGGAUAUCAUACUGACCGGACAUACGUUCUCGGACGAGCCAGGAAUUUAUAUUGAGGGCGAGUUGGGCAUACGUCUUGAAGACUGCUUUUACAUAGAGGAAGACGGAAGCCCUGUCUUUUUGACUGCUGGUGUGGGCGGGCCGGCGGGGAGCGCGUGGGAACCUUGAUACAGCUUCAUAUCGUGGAAGACUUGUUUGUAUGUAUGACACAUAUCACUCAUCUGUAUAAUAUGCCAAUUAAACGC